GGGGACGGAUGAGUUUCACAAUAACGUGUCUCAGAUGAAGUUUGCACGCUCAUGAUGCAGACUGGACUGUCAGUGUAAAGACAACUACAAGGAUCCACAAGCAGGACUGCGUCUGGAGGCGAUGCGACACCUUUGUGAUUCCUCUCGGGGGGGAUUUUAGGUGAAAAAACAUGUGCCGUUUUCUAUCUCUGCUGUGGGUCCUGUGCGCCAUGCCAGUAUCCAGCAUUUUCCAGGGCACUUGUCUGAAAAAAGAGGCUCCCCCCGGCAUGUUGGUACUGUCCCCAGGCAGCAGUUUAGUUCUGUCCUGUGAUGGCGAUGUGAGGGUGGAUGGAGCAAAAGUCAAAGUGGCUAAACACCCGUCCAAUGAUGAAGACUCUUCCAGUGAGACACAGACCAGCAAUGGAGCUUUCAUAAAAACUGAUAGGAACUCAUUGACGGACAAGAGUCAGGAGGAAGGAGUCGAGAGUGCUGGACAUGCAUCAUUAUCAUCAUCAUCAUCAACAUCAUUGUCAUCAUCAUCGUUUCCUAGGCAUCAAGAGGUUCAGCCGACCAGUACACCUUUGAAGGGGGAAGACGUGGAUGGCAGCGAGGGGAGGAGGGACGUAAAAGGGAAGACCAAGUGGAAGUGGAACGGGAAGACAGUGGGGCGAGGACGUUGGGACUGGGACGGCUUCACGACGGGGAGGAGGAGGACACAGCUCUCUGUGACCUCAGUGCGACUGAAGGAUUCUGGGAACUACACCUGUCAGCACAGAGACCGAGAGACGUUCUCUUUGAAGGUCAUUGUGGCCGAUCCUCCAGAAGUUCCCAGCCUGUCCUGCUCCAAAAGGUCACCCAGCAGUAAGAUCCGCUGUGAUUGGACACCUCAGAAGCCGUUGACAUUACGCCCGAGCUGUUACCUCUUUAUCAAUAAAAGGCGCAGCGACAGAUUCCAUCGUGUUCAGUGCUCCUUCUCCUCCCAGUGGUCCCGCUGCUGGUGUGUUCUGGAGCACAACGAGGACGAGCUCAGGACACGUCACAUGGCCUACUUGUGCGUCACGAACAUGGCGGGCAAUGCCACUAGCACCAUCUUGCCCUUUUUCCCUCUUAACAUUUUGAAGCCGGACCCUCCCUCAGCGGUGUCAGUCCGACAGGAAAUGGGACACGAGACCAGGAUGACGGUGAACUGGGCUUUCCCCGCUUCCUGGAAGUCCCAAGACAAUUAUUAUGAGCUUAUCUAUGAACUGAAAUACCAGGCCGUUGGCUCGUCGUCUUCAAGUAUGCAGCUGAUGUUGAUCAAGGGCCGUCGUUUCUUCACUAUCACCGAUGCGAUGCCGGGUGUCGAGUACAUGAUCCAGGUCAGAACUCAGGAUGAGUAUGAUGGUCUCUGGAGCAACUGGAGUGCGCCGGUGUAUGGCAGCAGCUGGACUGACUCAAGGACACAAGAGCCAAUGGCUUUGCUGAAUGAAGAUCUCAUGACUAUAACGUUUCCCGAGUAUGAAGGAUCCGGCACGGACGUUCCAUCUGAAGCACUUCCCGAAUCGAGCAUCAGCCCCGUGGCGAUGGUGUCACAUCACAUCCUGUGGAUCUCAUGUUCAUUCGCCAUCCUCGCUGUUAUUUAGGCCGUCUACGUGUUCAGACACAAAGAAAAAUUCCUGACCAAAUUGCACAGUCUGCGUUUUCGGCGGCACUACAAACCGCCCGCCACAAUUGGACCAGAAGGUCGAGCCCUGGUGACCUUUAACCCCCCAUGUCCCAAGGAAGAACCCACCGUGGAAGAGGACGCAGAGGAAAAUCAUGGAGACGGAGCAAAGUGAAGCCAUUCGCUUCAACAAUACGAACUAUUUCCUCAUGCAGAGAGAAUGAGAACAUCAAAUGUAUUCAGAAUGUUUAUAAAAAUGCCAGGAAAAGCUUGUAUAUGAGGUGUGACAAUAAAGAAAUGAGACUGAUGCCCGUGAAUCAGUUCCAAUUGGCCAACUGCUUAUGUCACAAUGUUGCCCCACAACUAUUCUGCUGCAAUAUCGUUCACUUCUCUCAGUCCGUGCUUCUUUUUCAGGUUUGUAUACAGCACACAAAAGAAGCACAGAGCGAGAAAAAUGAACAAUUUUGGCCAAUUGUCCUUUUAGACUUCUUACUUGCUGCAGUUACACAGCCUUUAAGCUACUCUGUUUUUAAUACAUGUAUGUACUGCUGGAUUGUACAGUGGAUAGACUUUGUACUAUGUGCUCUGUAAAUACUGUAUCUCAUGCAGUACCACACAUUUACACGUUUGUCAAAUAUUUUUGCAAUAGUCUGUAAAAUAUCACUGAUUGAUGGAAUUCAUGCAAAGUGAAAAUGCAAGGAUAAAGCUUUAUUUUUAUUAUGGAA